AAAGAGACAGAGACCAACUGAUAUUUUCCUUCAGUUCAUUCAGGAAAAAAAAUCAAUAUUUAAACUUCAGCGAGUUAUUUGGCUCCGCAGUCUGCUGCCGGGAAUUGAAGCAAAUAUCGAAGUUGUGAUGGUGUAAAUGCGGUCGCUUCAAUCUCCUCCUCCAUCUCUUCUUCAACCUCCUCCUCCUUCUUACCUUCCCUUCAACCUUUUGCACCAAACUAGUCCCCUCUUCACUUCUUAUUCAUAUCGUCCAACCUCAAUCCACUGUACCACCAGCAAUAACACCCACAUUGUCAGCAACCCAAAACCCACUACUUCUACUUUUAGCCAUAAUUACAACGAUUCAAUUCAAUCUCUUUGCAAAAAAGGACAUCUGAAAGAAGCCCUUCAGCUCCUCUUUCAGGAGCCCAAUCCCACCCAACGUACCUACGAGCUGCUCAUCCUUUCCUGCUCCCAAAAUCACUCCCUCUCCCACGCUUUAACUGUUCACCGCAAACUCAUUGAUGAUGGGUUCGAUCAAGAUCCUUUCUUGGCUACCAAACUCAUUAAUGUGUACUCCCACUUGGGCUGUAUCGACCACGUCCGCCAAGUGUUUGAUAAAAUUUCCAACCGAACCAUCUUCGUUUGGAACGCCUUUUUCCGGGCAUUGGCUUUAGCUGGCCAUGGUGAAGAAGUUUUGGACUUUUACAGACGUAUGAAUGGCAUUGGAAUCCCAUCAGAUAGGUUCACGUAUACGUACGUGCUCAAAGCUUGUGUUGCUUCUGAAUCGUCAUCGCCAUCGCUCGAAAAGGGCAAGGAAAUUCAUGGCCACAUGUUGAGACACGGUUAUGAGCGUCAUCUUCAUAUUAUGACGACCUUAAUUGAUGUAUAUGCUAGGUUUGGUCGCGUAGGCGAUGCAAGUUGUUUGUUCUAUGAGAUGCCAGAGAAAAAUUUGGUGUCUUGGAGCGCAAUGAUUGCCUGUUAUGCAAAGAACGGGAAACCUCUUGAAGCAUUGGAGCUUUUUCGUGAAAUGAUGAGCUAUGAUGAUAUGUUGCCAAAUUCAGUGACUAUGGUUAGUGUUCUUCAAGCUUGUGCAGCACUGGCUGCACUAGAGCAAGGGAAGCUAUUACAUGGAUAUAUACUUAGGAAAGGGCUCGACUCUAUUUUGCCCGUUCUCAGUGCUCUUGUGACAAUGUAUUCAAGGUGUGGUGCUCUAGAAUUGGGACGAAGAGUGUUUGAUCAGAUGGGCAAGAGGGAUGUUGUUGCAUGGAAUUCCAUGAUUUCAAGCUUUGGAAUACAUGGAUUUGGGGCCAAAGCAAUUGAAGUUUUUAGAGAAAUGAUUCGAUAUGGAGUGUCACCAAGUCCAGUAUCAUUCGUUAGUGUAUUGGGAGCUUGCAGUCAUGCAGGGCUUGUGGCGGAGGGGAAACGUUUGUUUGAUUCAAUGUCGAGAGAACAUAAUAUCUACCCUAGUGUGGAGCACUAUGCUUGCAUGGUUGAUCUUCUUGGAAGAGCCAAUCAGUUAGAAGAAGCGGCUAUAAUCAUACAAGAUAUGCGGAUUGAACCAGGACCCAAAGUUUGGGGGUCUCUUCUUGGAUCAUGUAGGAUUCAUUGUAAUGUUGACCUUGCAGAGAGGGCAAGCAGAAGGUUGUUUGAGCUUGAACCCACAAAUGCUGGGAACUAUGUACUUUUGACUGACAUUUAUGCAGAAGCUAGGAUGUGGGAUGAGGUAAAACGAGUUAGGAAGCUUUUGGAAGCCAAAGGGUUGCGGAAAGUCUCUGGUUGUAGCUGGAUUGAAGUAAAGAGGAAAAUCUACUGUCUCCAGUCAGUUGACGAAAUUAACCCACAAAUUGAGCAAAUUCAUGCAUUGUUGCUAAAGCUGUCAAUGGAGAUGAAGCAGAAUGGGUAUGUGCCAAAUACCAGAAUCGUGCUGUAUGAUCUUGAAGAAGAGGAGAAAGAACGUAUUUUGUUGGGUCAUAGUGAGAAAUUAGCAGUUGCCUUUGGGUUGAUUAAUAACAGUAAAGGAGAGACUAUAAGGAUUAGUAAGAACUUGAGAUUAUGUGAAGACUGUCACUCCUUCACUAAGCUCAUUUCAAAAUAUGCAAACAGAGAAAUUCUAGUCAGAGACAUCAAUCGAUUUCACCAUUUCAAGGAUGGGGUUUGUUCAUGUGGGGAUUAUUGGUAGCGCUGGUCACUUGUGCGUGCUAUAUUUAUUCUUUGGUUUAACUAUGGCACCUUCCUUUUGGGGUUCUCGGUGGAGAUUAGAAAGUUUUUUCACAUGUACAAUUUGAACACAACGUUUCCAGCCGUUACAUCAUAUACGUUCCUUGUGAUAACUUCAUGACAUAAAAUGGAGUGGGAUGAUGGAAUUGAUGCUCACGAUGAUAUGCGAGACUAUGAGAAGUUGCUCUUUAUCUUAUUAAUUUUCAUAAUAACUCUAAUUGAUAUUUACUUCACAGCCGUGGCACAAGAAGAAAUUUACUUGCUUAGUUGUAAAAAAAAAUCCACAUUUAGUUUUGUAAGAGAAGUGUGUCCUGCACUUGGUGUUGACGAAUUUUAAUAAAGUAUUAGGCUGCUCGUUUCA